AUGGACCGAUUUCCCCCUGCCCUUCUGGAGGAGUUAAGACCAGCCGUGCAGCGUGACAUCCGGUUGAUAUUAGAAGCAGUGGAAGAGGAAUAUAUUCGGCAGAAUGCGGCCUGGAAGGACACCGUGCGGCACGGUGAUGAACAAAAUCGCCGUCUGACUGCGGCCCUUGAAGCCGCGGAGGCUGCCCGUCUGCAGGAGCGUGAGAGGCUCCAGGCUUCCAUCCGCCAGUUGAACCAGCAGCUGCAGGAGGUCAAGCGCCAGGCCUCCCUGAUCCGCGCCGACCAGGCCUCGCAGACCGCCACGGGCCAGGCAAUGAUCUCCACCAUGGGCCGCCACCUCCAGGAGCUCCAGGACCAGAUGGAGAAGGAGAAGCGCCAGGCUCUGGAGAGGCAGAACGAGAUGGUAAUGGAGAUAGAGAAGAUGAGAGAGCAGAUAAAGAGAGAGAGAGAGCGGCGCGUUGAUCUGUUGUUCCUCCAGCGGCAGAGAGUCAUGGAUGAGCUGCAGCAACAGGCAGCCAGGUGGAUGCAGACAUCCAUGGCAUCUGGAGAGGGGAGCAAUGCUCCCGUUGUCUUCCUGACGUGGGGCCUUCGAGAGGAGAGGAGGAGGACACAGGAGCGCAUGCCUCUCUGUCAUGAUGACCUCCAGAGAGAAGAGCUGGAGUCUCACGUGAGGGAGCAGCUGAUGAAGGAGGAAGAGUUUGAUGCUAAAUGGGAAAUGAAAAGGCUUCACUUGGAGGCAAGCAUGCAGAAAAACCAAGAGAAACUCAGAGCUGCAGCCAAGAGGAAGCAGGAGAAAGUAGUACGAAAGACGGAGAAAGAGGCAGAGAAGAGGAGGAAGGCUGCAAGGAAGGAGGAGAAGAAGAGAGUGGAGAAGGAGAAGAAGGAGGAGAAGAAGAGAGUGGAGAAGGAGAAGAAGGAGGUGGAGAAGGCAGCAAAGGAGGAGAAGAGGAGAGUGGACAAGGAGAGGAAGGAGGCAGAAAAGGCAGCAAAGGAGGAGAAGAGGAGAGAAGAGAAGGAGAGGAAGGAGGCGGAGAGGCAGGAGAGGAGAGAGAGGAGUGCGUGCUGCUGCAGCCUCUUCUCCUGUUUUAGGAGGUACUAAACCCCGAAACCCCUAAACCCCUUUGUGUGUCCCCUGUGUGUGUGUCUGUCCGUGUGUGUGUCUGUCCUCUGUCUUCCCUUCCACCCAGGGCUGGACUGGAGGAGAAAUUGGGCACGGGCACUUUUGGUUUAAAGGGGCCCCUCAUAGGGGACAAAUAGGGCCCGGGCACUUUUGGUUUAAAGGGGCCCCUCAUGGAGGAGAUAUAAGGCCCGGGCACUUUUGGUUUAAAGGGGCCCCUCAUGGGGGAGAAAGAGGGCUUGGGCACUUUUGGUUUAAAGGGGCCCCUCAUGGGAGAGAAAUAGGGCCCGGGCACUUUUGGUUUAAAGGGUGCCCUCAUGGAGGAGAUAUAAGGCCCGGGCACUUUUGAUUUAAUGGGGCCCCUCAUGGGGGAGAAGG